GCGCUUAUGAAUGACAGUCUCAAUCGCGCGCUCAUGCUCGCCGCACGUAAGUUUCGCCAGUCGCGUGAAGCUACCAUGAAAUAUACGAGUGUGAAAUAUAAUUGCGUUGAUAACAAUGCCCAUCGUAAGGGCAAGAUUGUAAAAUUUAUCAAUCGAGAUUGUUUCCGCGAAAUUAUUUACAGAGACGUGUAAAUGUUUGUUGUAACAACGUUAACACGAUCGAAUGGUUGAUAAAUAAAUAUACGGACGACUCGUGUUUUAAUUUCGCUUAAGUAAUAGAAAAUAGUCGGAGAAUAAAAAGAAAAAGAUGGUCUAGAAUGCAAUGUAUAAAUUGGCACAUCAUGUUCACGAUAAAGUUCGUUCUGCUCGGUCUUCUGAUAUUAUCCUCGACAAAAGUUUCAUCGGAAUUGCAUCUGGCAAAAUGUUGUCCGUCAGAAAAGAUCUUCUCAGGACAUUCUACAGUGGAGUGUGUUUCGGCACCGAGCAGCAUGAUGGAACUUUAUGUUCUCCAUCGAAACGUUACCGCGGAGUUCCAAGGACUUCCGCAGUGUAAUGAACCCGAAGACAUCAUGACAACAUUGCUCGACGAUUUCAAUUCCAAGUUCUUAGAGGUUCCAGCUUGUCUCGAGAUACUUUACGAUCAAAAAACUGAAGAAAGUACUGUAAUAAUCGUUUAUUGUCAAUCAAACAAAGAUCGACAAGCGAAUACGAUUAACGAAUCCUUUUCACAACUCGCAUAUGUCAGAAAAUGUUGCUCUCAUAGUACAAUAUAUGACAGUCGCACGAAAACUUGCGUGCCUCGACUAAACAAAUCAGAGAGUCUUAUAACAUUUUUAUCAAAUAGAUCGGCUGAUAUAGAUUUUGUGGUGAUAACUAAUAAAAGUUCACCCACGUGCGAAGGUCCAAUCAUCGAUUACGAGAUUGACGAAAACGAUAUCUUUUUGCGAAAUAAUACUUACUCGGUGAUGGUUUCAGUAUUUCAAAAUAAUUUUAUCAUCAAAGAGGAAUUCUUUCUCACCAAAGAUAAUGCUUGCCUCGAAAUGUUGCCAAAUUUUACGGUUAAUCGAAGAUUGGCAGCUCGCGUUUGCAGAGAUUCGAAAUUCUGCGUCAAAAAUUCCUGCAUUAGAAAGUGUUGCGCUGAAAAUGAAUUUUUUUAUGCUCAGGGAUGCAAUAAACUUGCUACGCCCGAAGAACCGAUUGAGUUUUACCAGGCUUUUGCAAACGCCGUGAAUCUAACGGAAUUGUCUACCUUCAACAUUAGCAAAAAUUACGGGGUCUUAAUUGGGAAGCCAUGUAAACAUGGAAUGUAUCCUAUGGAUUCAAGAGAAGAAGAAUGGUCGUUGACGUCAGAAGGAUAUGUUCUUGACGAAGAUUAUCAGAGCUACAAUCAAAACGAAUAUUGCAUGGACAUUUUUUACAAUAAAUCGGAAUUUGAUAAUAGUUUUCAUUUGUUUAUAUGUUUCGAAGAUGCAGAAUCAUCACAGUACCUUCCAACAAGGUACCAAGUGAACACCAUUCUGGAGAUCACCAGCUGCGCUUUUCUGCUGAUGACUCUAUUGGUAUACGCGUGUCUUCCGAGUCUGCAAAAUCUUCACGGUAAAACACUCAUGUGCCACGUAAGCAGUCUCUUCCUGGCCUUUACCUGUUUAGCUAUCAUACCCUGGAUUAUGCCUGCUAGCGUAGUAGAAACGGAGGAGCUAAGAGCUAUUGCAACGUGUAAAGCUUUAGCUUACACCAUGCUUUCUUUUCUAUCAUCAUUUUCCUGGCUCAACGUCAUGUGCUUCGACAUAUGGUGGACCUUCGGAGGUUUACGUGGCAGUACGAUUACAAAGGCGCGUGGACAUAGAAAAAGGUUCCUAUUAUAUUGCUUGUAUGCGUGGGGCUUCUCCCUGUUAGUGUCAAUCCUGGCGAUCAUUGCUGACUACACGAAUAUCCUGCCAGAUUAUUUGCAACCAGAUAUUGGCAAUACGAGCUGUUGGUUUACACAAAAACUAGAUUCGUUGAGCGAAGUAACUUUCUUUAUCGGGCCCAUAACGAUUCAACUGAUAUCCAACGUGGUGUUCUUCGUUCUCACAUCCAUACAUUGCAAUAAGGUGAAAGCAGAGAUAAAAAGAGUAACUAGAGAUCCUAUGGAUCCCAGAAGCAAGCGAUUUCAUUCCGACAGAAGUAGAUUUGUCAUGAAUAUCAAAUUGUUCAUCGUUAUGGGAAUAUCCUGGAUCUGCGAGGUGGCGUCGUAUUUCAUGAAAAAAUAUUUUAAUGACUUUUACUGGCAUUACACAUUAUUCUAUGUUAGUGAUGUCUUCAACUGCCUUCAGGGCUUAUUGAUCUUUAUUCUCUUUGUCUUGAAAAGUCGAGUUUAUCGGGCCCUUCGCAGACGAGUGGGAUUGGAUGACAACUUGAAACCGAGCCCAACGUGCAAUGUAACCGCGACUUUACAAGAUCCUUACAGAAUCAAGAAAAGUGCAAGCAGCAGUACAUUAAUGACUACAUUUGGCAUCAGUUCAACGUCGUAAGAUAAUAAUUCAAAGUGUUUAGUACACAUACUUUUUAUGCUUAACUUUUAUGUGCCAUAUUUUUGCAUAUAUUCGAUAUAUCUGCUUUAACUGAACUACCUUCUGGCUUCUCUUAUCAGAUAAAACAUGUACCAAUAAAUAACUAUUAUCAAAUUUUA